AUGUAUUGGAAAAAUAAAUCUUCCUCACACCACGUUAAAUCGACCAAUGCUGCUUCUAACGAAUCUAUAGUACUUGAUAAUAUCAACCAAAAUCAGCCUACAGUUGAUAGUUCAUCUAAUAAGACCUUUGACAGUAGUGCUAGUAAUGAUAAUUCUAUAUUAUCAUCACUAAACGCACAAUUGAAAACAGAAACUGUCGAUUUACGUCUUAAUACAACAAGACAAUUUCUCCAUCUUGUCCAGAAAGGGCGUACAAAGAUGGAGGCGAGUAGCCUUUUGGCCGAGAGUUUAGGUAAAGGCCCAUGGUAUGCGUGGUGUAUUCGUGCCUGGGCAAACCAAUGGAAGAAUUGCAAAGAAUUAAUAAAGUCGAAACGUGGCCGACAUAUAAAAACGAAAUCUUUAAUACAUAAUAAAAGCAUUCGGCUUCAAAUAAAUCAGUAUUUGGAGAAAAAUAAAUUUAAAUUAGCCAUUCCAAAUUUUAUAAGAUACGUUAGUAGUAUUAUGCCUACUUUUAGAAUCACAAGUAAAAUUAUUAAUGUGGUAGAAGACAGAAAUCGUUUUCUGCAAGAGAUAGCUAGGUUAAGAAAACAAAUGGCCCAAUACGUAGGUGAAAAUUUAGACCAUAUUAUCUUUCCAGAACUUUAUCCUGAAAUAGUUCCUGUUACCCAAGAUGAGACCACUCUUUACACAAAUAAUGGUGUGAAGGAGUAUUGGAGCCCGGCGGGUAAAUAUAGCCUACGGAAAAAAUCACUAGGUCAAAGUAUUCACAUUAGUGAUUUUUUCUGUGAAUCUAUCGGGUGUCUCAAACUUUCAGAACACAAAAGUUAUAUAAAUGACUUACUUCCUGAUUACAUGCGUCUUAAAUAUACCCAUGCGUGUGUUGCUAUUUAUCCGGGUAUAAAUCGUGAUGGUGAAGAUAAAAAACCUCGUCGUAAUAGUACAAAGCCUGAUAGUUCUGUGCAUAUAAUGAACUAUAAAGAUAGUAAUGGUGUAUUAAGACCUAAGGGAAUUAAACGGGUUCUUAAAGAACAAAAUUUAUGGAUACCAGGCCUUUUAAAAAAGUGUAAUAAUUGUAAAAAAAAUAAGCCUGAUCCAAACAACCCAAACUGUUGCACUUCGCGUAUUCUUUCAGCUCAACCUGACUUUGCAGCUCAAAGAUCACGCUUAAGAGAGAUAAAUAA